AGUAAUACUAUGUAUUCCAGGAGGAGGCUAUGGUCCCUGCUCCGAGGGUUCUGGUUACCGGGGCAACGGGUCUUCUGGGUCGAGCUGUCUGCAGAGAGUUUCAGAACAGCGGCUGGUUAGUUAUCGGGACUGGAUACAGGAGGGCCAGACCCCGCCUCCUACGCUGUGACCUGACAGAUGAGGACGCCGUCAAAAGAUUGCUGCACGAAUACAAGCCUGAUGUGAUCAUCCACUGUGCAGCUGAGAGACGUCCAGAUGUUGUGGAGAGACACACUGAAGCAGCUGUUAAUCUCAAUGUACACGCCACGAGCAUGAUUGCCAAGGAGGCAGCUGCCUGCAGGGCGUUCUUCCUCUACAUCAGCACUGACUACGUUUUCGAUGGGAGGAAUCCUCCGUACGGAGAAGACGACAGUCCGAAUCCUCUCAACGUUUAUGGACGCAGCAAACUGGAGGGAGAGAGAGAGACACUCAGACACUGUCCAGGUGCGGUGGUCCUGCGGGUGCCGGUUCUGUUCGGGGAGGUGGAGUCGGUGUCUGAAAGCGCAGUGACGUCCCUGUGGCUCAAAGUCCAGGAGACGACAGAGAGCUGCACUCUGGAUCACUGCCAACAGAGGUUCCCCACCGACAGCCGGGAUGUCGCCACCGUCUGCAGGAAGCUGGCCGAGAGAGCCAGACAGGACACGUCUAUCAGAGGAAUAUUUCAUUUCUCAGCUAAAGAGCAGAUGACCAAAUAUGAGAUGGCCAUAGCGAUUGCUCAGGCCUUCAACCUGCCAUCCAACCACCUCAUACCUGUAAGUACAUAUCAAUAUAUGAAUCAAUACGUGGAUUAAUAUAUAUCUAUAUAU